AUGGAGCGCCUUCAAGUUCUGGUCCUGGCUGAUGGGACGGGCGACACAUGGGCGGACAUGUUGGUUCCAGCCGCCCGGAAUGCUUGCGCCACGUUGGCCGAGCAGUUGAGAAACCUGAAUCGGGCUGGCGGGAUCUUUGUGAUUCAAUGCCCCGACGGGUACCGUGAGAUGACCAAAGCCGCUAAGAAAGCCUUCGAAGACGUCCUGAGCAAGGACGGCAGCCUGUCAUUGCAAGACUUCAGCAUAGCUGGUGACUGGCAGACUGAUACACAUCAGAACAGUGUCCGGGAAUGGAUCAGAGAGCCCAGACCGUCCAAGAAGGGUUUCGUCGCAUUGUGCUCAAACCUGAGCGGAUUCGCCGAUGACCUGGACAGCAGUUCGAUCCUCCGUUUGUUCCUCUGUCCCCUUGCCAGUGAAUUGGCUGUGCAGGAGUCUCCGUGCAUUCUUCUGGGUUUGACGUAG